UCAGAAGUGACAUCUUGCUUACUACUUUGCAUGUGAUCACUGAUUGGCCAAUCAGUGAUCACAUGAUCGGGACCUCGUACAGAGGUCCCGUCCGACGAUCUGUGUUUCACUGUGUCCGGAGGACACAGCGGGCACCGGAUCACGGUGCUGCGCGCUCCCAGGGAGCGCGCACAAGCAGGCAUUUCUCAAUGGCUGGAAGAAUGCAGCCAGAGAGAAGGAGAAAUAAAAAUGUCAAAAAAGUUUUGAAAAAUUAUAAUUUUUGGUUAUAAACUAAUUUGGGUUAUUUUUUUUUUUUACUAAAAAGA